UUUUCAAGAUCUGUCAAAAAAAAAAUUCUGUUUUCCGAAAAUUACGCUAAAAUUUAUAAAAGGUUAUUUUUUUAAUUUUCCGGGAUGUCUCGUUUUAUUAUUGUCCGAGUUUCUAAUUUCUUAAAUAAAUUAGAAUAUGCAUUUGCCCAAAUAUUUCGUGGUCCUUUUCCACAACCAGAAUGUCUUGCGGUUUUGGGAACAAGCGUAGGUUCACACAAUGGAACAGCACCAAAAAGUUCCAUGUAUGGUCUUAAGGAUCUAAUAGGAGAUGGUAUCCUUUGGGCUGUUCCCAAACAUCGAAGAUCUGUCGAACGAAGAUUAAGUCGUAAGUUUGGUUAUCCCGAGUAUACAUGGAAGCCUUUGAAAUUGAAAACCCAUUUGCGUUCCUGUAAUAAUUGUGGACAUGACCAUGAGAUUGGAGUUUUGUGUCCAAACUGUUAUGCAAAAGUUCGCACCGAAACUCAACUCAUGCAAGAUAAAAUCCAAGAAAAAUUAGGAUUGAACCCAAUUGAGCAAGAAGUUGUUGUGCUCUAUGAAGGCGAGAAACACGAACAACCUUCCGAGUUUCUAGAUGGUAAGCGCAUUGUUGAAAUGGAAAAACCCCGUCCUAAUUGGUUCAGUAAAAAUUUAAUACAAAAAACAACCCAAAAAGAAGCUACAACCAAAGAAGCCAAACCUUCUGAUUUAGGAUAAGAAGCUCGAAUGUUUUAUUGUUAAAUAAAAUAUUUAAAGAAAAAUGUUAUUACUUUUGUCAAUUUUUUCUGAACAAAACCAAUAAAAACAAAUUAGAAAUUAA